AUGAAAGUACCGGUAGCAGCAGUCACGUGUUGGCAAGUACACUGGAGAAGUCAUGUUCAUGGAGCGCUGAACUACCUAUCCAAGGCUGGCGAUCUUGAUGUCGAACCCGGCUCAGAUUUACACACAGUUCUCUUGCAGUUUCUCUGUCUCGCCGUGUUCGGUAAUCACACAUCAGGCUUCGAUCUUGAAAGCCUAAUCGCACAGCUCCCCGACUCAAGCGACUACUUAUGUCGGUAUCAUAAUAUCAGCAAAUUCCUCCUGCGAACGGUCCUACCAAUCUAUCGCAUAUCGUCUAGCCUGCCGGACUCUGAUCGGCUGGCCCAGCAACUGGAGCUUCAAGCGUAUCUCAGCGCCCCAUCUAGUAUCCCUGAACAACGGUCAGACGCCACCAAGAAAAACUCAACGAACCUUCAUUACUCUCAUGUCUAUGAUUAUUCUCUGUUGAUAUUUAUCCAGCGAAAGAUUCAUCAUCGGCCACCAGCCGAAAUCCAAUACAUGGUCAAAGCUGAUCUUCACCAUCUCGAGAUCAGCGAAAUCAAGGCCCAGGGCUCGAAUGGAUGUAUUCUUCUGUGGCCUUGUCUUGUCAUUGCGGUAGAAUGCAAUGACCCGGUUAUGAGAACGCGCUCCUUGGAAUGGUUCCAGUCAAAACAUCGCCACGGAUUCAAGAGCCUCGACAAUGCUAAACAAAUAUGCGUCGACUAUUGGGCGUGGAGAGACAACAAUCCCUUGAGGGCCCGGAGCGUGACAUGGCAGGAUUUCGUUCGAGGGACUAAUUACGACGUUGUUCCAUUGUAA